AUGGAGCAGUAUCAAAGGUCGAUUGCCAUCAAGUUGAAGGCAUAUGGACCGGAUCAUCCCAAAAUUGCAGCAACAUAUCACCAGAUUGGAAACAUCUUGGAAAGUCAAGGCAAAUAUGAGGAAGCCAUGGAGCAGUAUCAAAGGUCGCUUGCCAUGAAGAUGAAGGCAUAUGGACCGGAUCAUCCCAAACUUGCAGCAACAUAUCACCAGAUUGGAAAUGUCUUGCACCGUCAAGGCAAAUAUGAGGAAGCCAUGGGGCAGUAUCAAAGGUCGCUUGCCAUCAUGUUGAAGGCAUAUGGACCGGAUCAUCCCAAAAUUGCAGCAACAUAUCACGCGAUUGGAAAUGUCUUGCACCGUCAAGGCAAAUAUGAGGAAGCCAUGGAGCAGUAUGAAAAGUCGCUGAUGAAUUCUCAAGGAGAUCACUCAGGUCUCGUCAAGAUUUUGAUCACAAAGGCUGAUCUAUCAAAGACCGAGUCAAAGUUUGAGGACGCAGCAAAAUUUUACAGUUUGGCACUGACGAUUGGACACUUGUAA